AACAAAAAUGGCUGCGCGCUACAAACUUCGCUGUAGUUUGGCGGGUCACCAAAAAGACGUUCGUGCGGUUGCGUCAGGCAUUUUACCAAAUGGAUCGAUACUAUCUGGGUCCCGAGACGUCACAGCGAAAGUUUGGGUACCAAAUGAGUCAGACCAAGGAUUCCGAGAAGGUCUUGUGAUGAGCGGACAUACCAACUUUAUUUCGGCCGUAUGUUACAUGCCACCAGACGGAACGUACUCCCACGGUCUGAUACUAACAGGAAGUAACGACUCGACUAUACUGGCAUAUACCCUGGAUUCACCAGAACCAAUUUAUAAACUUACUGGACACUCAAACACUGUUUGUUCACUGGCCGCUGGGAAGUUUGGGACCUUACUGAGUGGUUCCUGGGAUAAAACAGCUAAGGUCUGGCUCAACAAAAAAUGUGUGAUGACUUUAGAAGGUCACGAAUCUGCAGUGUGGGCAGUGGCUAUACUCCCGGAACAAGGAUAUAUGUUGACUGGGUCGGCUGAUAAAACUAUCAAAGUGUGGAAGGCCGGCAAGUGUGAAAAGACCCUUACAGGACAUGAAGACUGUGUACGAGGUCUAGCCGUGCUGAAAAAGCCGGAGUUCCUGUCCUGUUCAAAUGACGCCACAAUACGUCACUGGUCCAUCACGGGUGACUGUAUAGGUGUAUAUUAUGGUCACGAGAACUUUGUGUACAGUAUUAGUGUGCUGCCGAACGGUGAGGACUUUGUUAGCAGUGGUGAAGAUCGUACAGUGCGCGUGUGGCAAGGUGGAAAGGUUACCCAGACCAUAGCUCAUCCCUCUAUGUCGGUCUGGUCAGUGUGUACCCUCCCAAACGGAGAUAUUGCAUCAGGUUCAAGUGAUGGAGCUGUAAGAGUGUUCACAACACAUCCUGAGCGAGUUGCCUCCCCUGAUCAACUGAAAGCGUUUGAGGUUGAGGUGGCCUCUGCUGAAGUUCCCACACAGAUAGGGGAGAUUCAGAAACGGGAUUUACCUGGACCCGAAGCUCUCCUCAACCCUGGUAACAAGGACGGCCAGACAAAAAUGGUAAAAACAGGGGAUAAAGUGGAGAUCUACCACUGGGAGGCUGCCCAGACAAAGUGGACCAAGAUUGGGGAUGUGGUAGGAUCAAGUGGAGGGUCACAGAAAACCUCGGGGAAAACACUGUACGAGGGCAAGGAGUAUGACUUUGUGUUUAGUGUAGACAUCGAGGAAGGGAAGCCACCCCUCAAACUUCCUUACAACAAGUCAGAGGACCCCUGGUUUGCUGCCCAGCGCUUCCUUGAAAAAAACAACCUCAGUCAGCUGUUCCUUGAUCAGGUGGCCAACUUCAUCACUGAGAAUACAGAAGGAGUUACACUUGAUCAGGCUGGGCCCCAAGUCUCUGACCCUUUCACAGGGGAGGGACGCUACAUACCUGGAGGAUCCACAGUGGGAGGUAAACAGAACAGCCAGCAGUCACAACCAGUGUCCUAUGGAGCGGAUCCAUUUACCGGUUCGGGAAGUUACCAGCCUACCUCUGCUCCACAGUCUUCAGGAGUCACUAACCAAUACUUUCCUCAGAAAUCCUACGUCACAUUUGAUGCCUCAAAUUCAGCGCAGAUUAUUGGUAAGCUGAAGGAGCUCAAUUCGACAAAGGUAGAAAAGGGUUGUCAGGUGGAAGUAGAGAAACUUGAGGCGCUGUCUGACCUUAUACAAGGCAAACCUGCCAAUGCUGACCAGCUCACUACCAUGAUGAAAAUUCUAACCUGGCCACACGACGCUGUGUUUCCUGGCUUGGAUGUUCUGAGAAUUGCCAUCAAGGACCAGUUCAUGAGCGAAAGACUCUGUACGAGUGUCCAUUUUGUGGACAGUCGGUUGAUGUAUCUAUCUAAAAACAACACCGCUAACAACCAGAUGUUGACCUUAAGAACUCUGUGUAACAUGUUUAACCAGCACUUUGGUGAAACACUAGCAAUGCAAUACAGAGAAAAGAUUAUAACUGCCGCCUUGGAAUGUCGACUUUCGUCAAACAAAAAUGUUCAGAUCGCAUUGUCCACCCUUCUUCUGAAUUAUUCUGUUUUCCUCCAAGACAAACUGGAUGAAGAGGCAAAGUCACAGUGUUUACUGGCCAUGGCCAGUGUGUUAGAAAAUGACAUUGAUCCAGAAGCAGUCUUUCGGCUUCUAGUUUGUUUAGGUACCCUGGUUAAGACGGACGAAACCGCACAAGCUCUCGCACGAUCUAUUGAUAUAAGAAACUUGGUCGAACCGCUUCUGGCAAAACUGGAACCUGCAAAAGUGCCUGGAUGUGCAGCUUUUGUCUUGGAGCUUUUAUAAUAUCAUAAAACUGUGAUUCUUUUAAAAAAGAUACAUGCAUAAAUGGAGUUGAAUAUGCACCCAAUUUAAAAUUUCUGUAAAAUUAAAAAAUAAUUAGGAAUGUUUAUUUAAAAAAAAAAUCACUGCCCAUGUAUCUGCUUUAGAUGUCUUCACCGAAAAAAGGCCCUUGUCACUGUGAUCAAUAAUGCCAAUUACGUACCUGCUGAAAUGAUAUUGUUCCUGAUCAAAUUUAUUGAAUAAAAUUCUGUAUUGAAUGGGUGUCAUAACAAAGAAGUAUGUAAAUGGUGGAUGUAGUUAAGUAAGUUAUUGUAUGUAAUAAGUAUAUUAAGUGUAGAAUGAAAUAAAAGUUCCACAUAUUUGAAAAAUAA